AUGGCUGACUUUGAUCCUACAACCCACCCCCACCGCCGUGUUAACCCUCUUACUGGCGAGCACGUUCUUGUGUCCCCCCAUCGCACUAAGCGACCAUGGCUCGGGCAGACCGAACCCCCACAGCAGUCUGACUUGCCGGAGUACGACCCCAAGUGCUAUCUCUGCCCCGGCAACACACGCGCAGGGGGACAGGCAAACGAGAAGUAUGAGCAUACCAUGGUCUUUGAGAACGACUAUGCCGCGGUUCUCCCCCCUCCUGGUCCGGCCGCCCCCCCUGCUCCUCAUCCUCUGCUCACCACCGAGCCUGUCGAGGGUGGCUGCGACGUCCUUUGCUUCCAUCCUCGCCAUGAUCUCACUCUCGCCAGGCUUGGCCAAGCCGACAUCAUACGCAUUAUCGACGAGUGGUCCAACGUCUACAAGAAGCGUGGCACUCAGCAGGGCAUCAACUACGUUCAAAUCUUCGAGAACAAGGGAGCCAUGAUGGGCUGCUCAAACCCACACCCCCAUGGUCAAGUGUGGUCCCUGUCCGCGGUGCCCUCCCUUCCUGCGACCGAACUGGCCAACCUGAAAAAGUACUCUCGGUCAACUCCGCCUUCGGAUGCGCCCAAAGGCCCACUUGGUCGCUCGUGUCUGCUGUGUGACUAUGUUCACUUCGAGGUCGGCGUUGCUCGUGACGAGGGUCGCGUCGUAGUGCAGAACGACCACUGGGUAGCCCUUGUUCCGUGGUGGGCCAUCUGGCCAUUUGAGAUCAUGCUCCUCCCGUACAAGCGUCAUAUUCCUUCUAUCGUUCACCUAACCCAGGCGGAGAAAAGCGCGUUCGCGGAAAUCCUGUCCCAGGUCACCAUUCGCUACGACAACUUGUUCUCAUGCUCGUUUGCGUAUUCCAUGGGUAUCCACCAGCGCCCGACUCCCCCUGCGUCUGAUGCUAUUCCCGAGGAUCAGGACGAGGACAACGUAGCUCACCUACAUUUGCAUUUCGCUCCACCGCUUCUGCGUAGCGCUUCAGUACGCAAGUUCUUGGUUGGCUUCGAGCUCAUGGCCGAGCCCCAACGCGACCUGACCCCAGAACAGGCAGCGGCGAGGCUCAGGAUUCUGCCAGACGUUCACUACUUGAAUGUUCAGAAAUUUGCCGAUGCCUCUGCGACGGAAGGUGUGGAUGCCACAAACAGCUAG